AAUGCCUGUUGAUUUUUACUACACACCUGGAAGCCCACCAUGCAGAGCUGUCUUGCUCACAGCAAAAGCUAUUGGUCUCGAAAUGAACUUAAAACUUUUGGAUCUUCAUCACAUGGAACACAUGAAACCCGAAUUCUUGAAGAUUAACCCUAAUCAUUGUGUUCCAACUAUAGUGGAUGGCGAUUUAGCUAUUUGGGAAAGUCGUGCAAUCAUCACUUACUUAGUUGAAAAAUAUGGAAAAGAUGAUUCACUAUAUCCUUCUGACCCUAAAAAGAGAGCAAAAAUCAACCAUAGUUUGUACUUCGAAAUAGGAACAUUAUACUCGGCAUUUUCUGAUCAAUACUACCCAUGGAUUUUUGCCGGAGUACCAAAAACAGAUGAGAAGGAAAAGAAAAUUGCUGAUGCAUUAUCGUUAUUAGAUACCCAUUUUCUUGGUUCCAAUGCUUGGAUAGCUGGUGAUUCUAUCUCAGUUGCAGAUAUAUCCUUUGCUGCUUCAAUCAGUACUAUUGAGGCUCUUAAUGUUGACUUAUCUCCGUACCCCAAUAUAACUAGAUGGUUGUCAAAAGCAAAGAGUUCACUAGUUGGUUACCAAGAAUGCAACCAAAAAGGAAUUGAUGGGUUCAAAGCCAUGGUCGCCGCUCUUACUCAAAAAUUGUUAUUAACAUUUUUAAGUGUUAAGAAAGAGGUCUUAUUUAAUUUCGUUCGUUGUAGAAUGGCUAUCGAUUUGUAUUGUGAUGGACCGAGUCCACCAUGCAGAACUGUGAGAUUACUGGCAAAAAGUUUAAAUUUGAAACUAAAUCUUAUCCCAACAAAACCGGGUAAUGGGGAUACUUUAACACCAGAUUAUAAAAAGAUGAACCCCCAACAUACCAUACCUACCAUUGUUGAUGAUGGAUUCGCUCUGAGUGAAAGUCGAGCUAUUUGCAAAUAUUUGAUUGAGAAAUAUGGUGACAAAAAUAAAGGCCACUUCACUAAAGAACAGUUAUAUCCAACAGAUCUUAAACGUAGGGUAACUAUUGAUCAAAGAAUGGAUUUUGAUUUAGGAGCUUUAUAUAGAAGAAUUUCUGAGUACUUAACCCCUGUAUUUACGAGUGGUCAAUAUGGAACAGCAGCUUUACCUAAAUUAAAUUCUGCUUUGGAAAUUUUAGAAUUGUAUUUGGCAAAAACAAAAUGGGUAGCUGGACCUGAUGUAACUCUUGCAGAUUUUACAUUGGUCGUUUCUAUAUCAUGUUUAGAGAUAUUAAGUUUUGAUUUAACAAGUUAUCCAAAUAUAAUUCGUUGGUUUACUUUGGCUAAAAACACCCUUCCUGGAUAUGAUGAAGCCAGUCACCAAGGAGUUUUAGAAUUCAAAGAUAUGAUUGAUUCUAAAUUGAAGAAAUAAAUUAAACUAGUUCAUGUAUUUUUAGUAAAUAAUGUGUAGCUAGUAGAAUUAAUUAUAGUAAAGUUCAUAUUUUAUUAUGUUAAUGCUGUUUAAACAAGAAUAUAUUACAAUUUAACAAUUACUCAUUAAA